AUGGGGGACCCAGCCCGUGGUGGGUGCCGACACCCCCGGGAAGGCGGCUGGGGGAGGCAUGGGGAACAGGCCAAUAUCUCAGUCAGCCUGUUGGCAGUUGUCGUGAGCUUCUGCGGCCUAGCCUUGUUGGUUGUCUCCCUUUUCGUCUUCUGGAAGUUGUGCUGGCCGUGCUGGAAGAGCAAGCUUGUGGCUCCCAAUGUCAGUGCCCUUCCACAGAGCAUUUCAAGUGCUCCAACUGAAGUUUUUGAGACUGAAGAGAAAAAAGAAGCUGAAGAAAAUGAAAGGCCAGCACCAAAAGCUGUUGAGCCUGCAAUAAAAAUCAGCCACACUUCCCCCGAUAUCCCGGCAGAAGUACAGACCGCUUUAAAGGAGCACUUAAUUAAACAUGCGCGUGUGCAAAGACAGACCACUGAGCCCACAUCUUCAUCCCGCCACAACUCCUUCAGGAGACACCUACCAAGGCAAAUGAAUGUCUCCAGUGUUGACUUUAGCAUGGGCACUGAACCUGUUUUACAAAGAGGAGAAACAAGGACCAGCAUCGGGAGGAUCAAACCAGAGCUCUAUAAGCAGAAAUCAGUUGACUCCGAGGGCAACAGAAAAGACGAUGUCAAAACCUGUGGGAAACUUAACUUUACGCUCCAGUACGAUUAUGAAAACGAGCUCCUCGUUGUUAAUAUUAUCAAAGCUUUAGAUCUCCCAGCUAAAGAUUUUACAGGAACUUCUGAUCCUUAUGUGAAGAUCUAUCUUCUUCCAGACAGGAAAAAGAAAUUUCAGACGCGAGUCCACAGGAAGACGUUAAACCCUCUGUUUGAUGAGAUAUUUCAGUUCCCAGUGGCCUAUGAUCAGCUAAGCAACCGGAAACUACACUUUAGCAUAUAUGACUUUGACAGAUUUUCCAGACACGACAUGAUUGGGGAAGUGAUUCUGGAUAAUUUAUUUGAAGUCUCUGAUCUCUCCAGGGAAGCCACAGUAUGGAAAGAUAUCCACUGCGCAACCAUGGUAAGCAAUAGAUCUUCCAACUUAUCUUUGACUCCUGGUGAUAUUUAA